ACUCUCGACCAGCUGAGACCGUAAUCAGAAACAUGAUUAUUUUGUUUCUGGCUUUCCACUGUGAUUAAAGGCGUCCACCGUCGACCGUCCACCAGAAGAAGAUCAAAAAGACUGUGAACUGCAGUCGGUGAGAGGAGGGGAAUGGUAUUAAUAUGCGGGUGUCGGUUAUCACAGACACAAACAGUAAAAACAAAACGAUCAGACCAGGAGACAAUCGCUACACAAAGCCCAUUGUACUCUGUACGUGAAGGUUUAUUUAGCUAAUCGCCAGUCAGUUGGUGCAAUGAACUAAGCUGGACUUGACGUCGAAGCGGAUGGUGGAGAUGGCGAAUCAAGAGGAUAAUGUGCGCCAGUUGCUGGAACUGCUGCCACUAGCAGAUCAGCAAAUAUUUCAGUCUCUCAUCAAAUGUGUUACAGGCUGCAGUGGGGAAGUAGGUGCCGGGGGAUCUUUGAAAUGUUAUUCAGAUCACCUCAUAUCCCUUCUUUUAUCUACGCCUUAUCCUACUCUCCUUGUGCUUAAUCACAUCCUACCGAAAUCCAAGUACAUUGUGGGUCGCAUCAUCACGCUGGCUAUUCAGCAAAUUCUAGACGACCAUGAGACGACGUCGCCGUCAUCGUUAUCGAAUUUCUAUUGUGUGUUGGCGAAUUUGCCUCAGAGCAUACUCGAUGAGGCGCACUCAGUGCAGCAUCGUCUACUUGAGUGUCUGUUGAGUCAAAAUAAUCAGUCGGCAGAGCGCCUAAUGUUGGCCUUGUUGGCCCGGCCAAAUGGAAGCAUGCUGGACGAGGUGUUACGCAGACAGGAGCAGUCGGAAUUGUGGAUGCCAGUGCCACCCACCAAGGAAAUAGUCCUGUGUCUUGCUCACCAACGACGGGAGCAUUUUGUGCCCAAAUUAUCCAAGCAAUUAAAGUCCUAUGGAGCUAUCGAAGAUCGCACUCUUAGGAAUACAUUACUAAUAUUGAAGCUGGCCAAUGAGUUUGCCCAUGGCAUGCAGACCAUCGAUGAGUUGGCCGUUUUGGACAUACCAUUAGAGGAUUUCGAUGUGACAGCUGUGCCACAGGAUGAUCUGCAGCAAGUACAUGGUUUUUUCUAUGCCGAUUUCCAACGUUUAUCCGUCUUGCUGGAGUUCUUCCGAAACCAGGACGAUCUUAGUAAAGUAAUCAAAGUGGAGCAGUUGCUCCGGGCACCGGGAGUGCUCUCACUUAUAUACGAUUACGGUAUUGUCUGUGAUAGUGAGAAGUUGUUUCGCCUCAUCGAAGAUACCUACAAAUGGCAGAAGCUGACUCCAGCUCUGAAAUGUUUGCAUCACCAAGAGAUCGAGACGCUUAGUUACUACACGGCACUGAGUCAUGUCUAUAACUUGAUAUUGGAACAAGAUAAAUCCAUAUCCAUGGUGUCACUCUCUGCCCAGUUGCGACAAAUUCAUCAAUUGGGCACACUGUGCUCUCUGCUGGAGGAUAUCUUCCAGAUGGUCUUCUUGCGCUGGGAGCAACUGGAUCAAAGAACCGCGAUGCGACACAGCGAACAGGACUGCGACGAGGAGGAGGACGACGAGGACUGCGAUGGCGAUGACAAUGCAGAUGUCAUGCCGUCUCGUCAAGUGAAUCACCGGCGACGUUGUGGUUUCAUCUGCCGAGCCAUUACCCUCCAGUCUCUUUUCACAUUCCUUAAGAGUUUUGUAACCAAAAAACUUCAUUCUCAAGAUUACAAGUGCUCCACUGAACAGGCAAGAUUCCAACGUCUGGUGGACUCGAUAAGCGAAACACUUUGGAAGCUAGGUGUUCUCCAGAAGAUUGACGAAUCUUUGACAAAAAGCACUCCACUUUUAAGCUGCCAACUUGAACUGGAGCUGCAGUUGGUCCAAAUGCAUUGUAAUGCCAAGGAGAAGGCUUCUAGCGAUGAUGAAAGCCGUGAGCGAAAUCAUGCAUCCAGUUUAACUCGCCGAAAAUCUCGCAAACAGCGAAGGGCGGCGAGUUUCAGUGGUGCUAAAACCGUACCAGAUGCAGAUCCCACCCUGGAACAGUGUCGAGCCCGUGCCCAGCUAUUGACCAAAAAUCGGGCAACUUCAGUUAAUUGUGCCGCAGUUCAGAUUUCCGAACAUCGCUCGAUAAUUCCCAAAAUGCUGAGUACUCCCGAGCAACUGGCCAUAAUGGCCCUGGCUCUAAAGAAUUUCACUGAUGUCAAGGCCAUUAUAGAGAUCUUUCACCUGGAGCAGAGCCAACUAAAUCGUGAAUUACAAUUUAUGGAGCAGCAGCAGUUAAUAAAACAGAAACUAGCUACCAUCUAUGCCAAUUAUCAGGCAUUGGAAGUCAAAGGUCAGUCGCGGGACAACACCACAGUGGAGCAAAUCAAGGAUGUGGCGGCCAAGGGAUUCGAAUUGUCAAAGAUUAUAAGCGUCGUAGAUAAUUUCGCUCAGGCCCAAAAACUGCAGCAGAGCGACGAGCUAAAGAAUCUUCUCCAGCGACAUGUUGUCAAUAGGCAAUACAGUUUUCUCCAACAAUUCGAGGAACGCAAUCUAAAUGCAUUAAUCAUUUGCGAUUUGAUUGUGAAUCUUAAAUUCAAUCGGGAGAUCACCAGUAACCUGCUCUUGGUAAUCCGUCGGCAGCAACAACAGAAGCAGAAGGCCAAACAAUCGGGGGAUGGAGAGAGUGGCAAUGCCAGUCCGGAAAUCGGAGCCAUGCAUCUGCUGCAAAAUCUUUGUGAAUGCAUGCGCCUUCUGGAACGAGCUGGUCGACAGCCCGGACUCAACGAACUGCUCUAUAAACAAACUUACCCACUGAGACCCACGGCUCUGGCUUUGCAAUUGCAACGCGAAGCGGCCUUUGGGACGCUAUUCAAAAAGGAGUCAUCGGAGUAUGUCCAUUGCCAGGAACUGCGGUCUCAUGGGACUCUCUUUCAACAGCUUCGCUCGCGCCACAAUUAUUUUUUGCGUUUCUAUGGAUACAUGCAGCAAUUGACACGACUCCUGCAGCUAAGAGAUCCUAAUUUGGAGUACCAGAACACGCGCCUACUCCAAUACAAUCCAAUUGAAGUUAUCGGUGAUUUAAUCUAUGACGGCGACAUAACUCCUCUGGAGAUUGAAUCGAAUGUGGCGGCUCUGCAUUUGAACCUGGUUCAUGUCAUUGCGCUAAACAUUUGCCCGCAACUGGGGGGAGAAGGCCCUCCAAAAAGAAAAUCCCGAUUGGUAUCACCGCAGAAGCAGGAAACUAUCCACAACUAUAUAGUCCAGCACAAUCAGCUGUUGGCCCAGUUGCUUCUCUCAGUGCAGAAGGGGGAGCUGCAAAGCGGGUCGUGCGAUUUGAAUUUCUCGUGCCUGGCCCAGCUAAUGGAAUUAGAUGAAAUGGACAUUUUGGCUUGUAUGCACGAAGGUAAUAGAGUCCUGGCGUCAUUAAAUGCCUACAAAAUCGACAUUAAGAGCCUAGAGCACCUUGUGCCCGAUCGAGAAAUGGAGCUGCGAAUAUUACUGCUGGGAAUAUGUGGUAAAGGGGAACCAACACGUCAGCGCAUAGAUUAUCUCAUCCGUCAUCUUGUCGAGAAUACGGGAUUUACGAAGGAUUCGCGAAAUAUUCAGCUUGUCGUUCAUAUGUUUGACCUGGGCGAACGAGCUCGACUACUAAGCGACUUUUUUACAAAGAUCACAAGCAGUCAGUUGGCCAAGGAGCUAAUCGAACGCACUCUGAAACACAAACAGGCGAAUUUGAAUAUUCCGGAUGCACUGCGGCAUCAGCUGGAGAGCACUUUACCGGAUAUAACCAUAUAUGCAAAGGUUUCUUCCAUACUGCAGUUUGAGAGUUGGCCGCAGGCAUACGAUUUUGGGCGACAGACUCCGAAUGUGAUCUUCGAGCAGCUGCUCCAGCGUCAACGCUACGAGCUGUGCCUUCAGUGGUGCCGUGUCAUAAAUUUAGCACGAUCCACUGGUCAGCAGAAAACAUGUCAACUUAUCUUGUUGGAUGCCCUACUAAUAUUGCGCGAUGACGAGGAUGUUGAUUGCCAUUUGUUGGAAAUUGUGGAAUUGUUUCCUCCGUCCAUAAUGGUCAAUCUUCUGGACACGCACAAGGAUAAGUUUAACUCGUUGUCACUGCUACAAUGGGUUAUUAACUAUCUGGAGACGCAUGCCCGUGAUCCACGUCCCUAUCGCAACUAUCAGCUGUCACUGGAGCUGUUGCGUCAAUUAACCAUAGACGAGAGGCAUCAAUUUUGGCCUUUGAUGCGAUGUCCUUUGCUUAUUUUUGAGCAACUGGUGAUGAACUCGCGUUUUGAAUUGCUCACUAAAUUGCUGGAAGCGGCUCGGGCCAAGAUCGAUGCGACAAAGCCGAUUGGACCAUGUCCGUAUUGUUUUGAGAAAUUUGGACACACCUACGGUGUGUAUACCAAAAGUCCUGAUACCAAAUUGCGAUUUCAACUCGGGCAGACACCUACGGAAGCAUUUAUUCUGCUCAAUUUUAACUCCUAUCAACAGGAUCAUUGUAUAACCCACGAAUGCUUGGAUCUCUUGCUAAGAAUCUAUGCCAGCAAGGCGCUGGACUGUCGCAUUGCCAAUGUACGUGGAGCCUCUGAGCCAAGCUCUAUGCUUACCGAUGUCCAGAACUCACUAGAUUCACUGUGCGGGGCCUUUGUUAUGCCCAAACAGGCACCGCAUCGAGACCAGUGGAUCCCCGACGAGCAAGCCACCCAUUGUAUGUGUUGCCGUCGGGCGGCCUUCACCAUGUUAAUGCGAAGGCAUCACUGUCGACGCUGUGGCCGUGUAGUCUGCUAUGCAUGCUCCAGUCAGCGCAUCCGCAUUCCCGAGUUGUAUGACGAAGUGGAGGUUAGAGUCUGCAACGAUUGCUGGGGAGCAAGUGGAAGCGCCAUGAACGCGGUAGAUCCUAUGGAACCCUCAGUGCCCUUCGAUGAGUCAGCCAAUUUGCGACAAUCCUAUUCCAUUGAUUACUACAAAUGGCGACUGAGUGGGGUAAUUACCCAUGAUAAAAUGUUGCGAGAGGAGUUUUCCUAUGACCAUGCUCCCAGUGUGGCCCUAAGUCUUUCCAUUUUGCGGCAUCAUAAGAACGAACGGCAUUGCGCCGAAUUGUUGCUGUACCAUUGCCGCAACCUGGAGAAGCUUAUGGUGCCCAAUCCAGAGGUCGACUACGAACUGGUGGCCAAAAUGAUUAAUUGCUUGGCGUCAGCCGGAAAGUUUGAGAACAUACAGACGCAAUCGGAGAUAAUUAUGUCCGUAGUCCAACAUGGCUGUGAGUCUCUAAUCCCAGCCUGUCCGUUGGAUGAUGAUAGUCUGCGUAAGUUAGCAGACGUACUGGUGGAAGCAGAACACUGGACCCUGGCUCUUGAGGUGCAUCUAAAGUGUGGCUUCGCUACCACUGGUGUAAUGGCAGCACAUGGUUUGGCAUGUCUCCGUGCCGGUUGCUACGAUGCGGCUCGCGAGAAAUUCGCCCAUUGUAUGACACGGUUGUCCAGUGAGCAGCUAAAUGCUUGCCUCUACAAGAAUAUAUUCGAAGCUGGCACUGCAGAGACCAUACUUCUGCCUAAGAGGCGUCCAAAUCGUGGCCCCCCAUUGCUGCAGGAAAUUCUAAAAUUGAUUGCAUCCUUGCCGCAAACUCAGACUCAACCGGAAACUCUGCAACGAGCCUCGCUGAUCCGCAACUUGAGUACCUCUUCGGCCUCGCUUUUCUCUCGUCGCCGGGAGCCCAAUAUCCAGCAUCUAUCGCUUCAGGAACCAGCAUUGAAUGUGAUGAACUCUUUGGCAAGUCUAAAAAACAUUUCCCGGGGCAAUUACGGGUCAAUGGGUCAAGAGGAUAGUGGGAAUCGACGGCAAUCACGCUCCUUUGAAGAAUCUAUGCACUAUGUCCUAACCUAUGGGAGCCAUGCCGAUAUACUGCAGUUGCUUAUGCAGCACGAGGAACAGCGAGCCGCUUUACGCUAUUGGCAGCAACAGCAAUUGGAUGCGAAUCUAUUUAUUCAGCACAUCUUCCUGGUGGCAUUAGUUCAGGGACGUCUGCCUGUUAUGGUAGAGGAUCUGCAGCAACUGGACGAUAGCCAAAUGAACGCCUGGCGAUUGCCUUUACUUCAAACGUGCCGCCAUCUGGAACAGCAGCAACAAUUGAACUCACUGUAUCAGUUGCAGCUACUUCUCAAGGAUCCCAUACGAGCGAGCAUGACUUGUGUCAAGUUCUAUGCCUUGAAUUGUGAGAAUUUCCAGAGAUUGCAUGCCAAUUCUCAACAUUUGUUGUCCGCGCAAAUGCAUUUGCAGGGUGAGCUGGAUUUAUCCCAAUGGGAGCACUUGCAGCAUGAACAGGGACGACGAUCAAGUAUUGCCAACUCGAAAGCCGCUGGCGGCACAUGUUUUGCCAUGCAAAUGGAUGCUCGUGCUCUAAAUGGUCACAUUAAUACCAUACGUCGGCAGAUGGAAGUAGCCAAGUUUCUAAGUCGAUGUGAACAAGAUCAACCGUCUAGAGAAUCGCUCUACACUCUAAAAAUUUUGAAACAAAUUCGCCUGGAUACAAGUCAAGGAACAUUGCCCACCCUCUUUGAGGGAGCCACGGCCAGGGUUCACUUGUGCAUUCUGGUAUUGCUCUGUGGCAAGAACAUAGAUGAGGGAUUCGGCUUGGCUUAUGGAAUAUUGCAGGAUUAUAAAUUGGAACCAAUUAAGGUAUUUGGAGCAACAGCCAAAUACCUAGCACGAAAUGAACGUCUCAGUGAGGUGGAACGUCUGCUCGACUGCAUUGCCAGCAAUAAUGGUGGUCCUGGUACGACUGCGGAAUAUGAUGAGAUCAUUUCGAUUGCUAUCAAUGCGGCUAUCCAUACUCAUCUGCCAGAGACAAAGCUGAUUUUGGACAGACUAAUCAAACGGAUAGCCAGUGUGGAGCUGCGAAUAUCCUCCUUUAUUUAUUUGGGUCAAUUAAAGUCCGCCUACUUGUUGGCUCACAAACAUGAGCGGUUAUUGGAUAUCCGCAAGAUACUGCGACAGGCCGAACUGACCAAUCAGAUCCACAUCAAGAAGUUGUGCGAAAGGAAACUUCAAAUUCAAAAUAACUUAAAGCGGUCGGCGCUGUGAUAACGUCUCUUCCAAAUCCCAAACAAAUUAUUAUUCUUAUUAUUAUUAUUCUCUUUGUUAACAUUUUAGGUCAAUCUUUUUUUUUUUAAUCGUUCCAAGCUUAACUCGAACGUAAGUAUUUACCCGGAACUCUGCUCAAACUCUGCUCUCAAGACAUGUACCAAAUAAUACACCUACAUAUACACAUAUA